AUGGCAUCCAAGAACAGAGCGACGCCCGACUCGCACGAUGAUCUCGCUCCUCAGCCUUGCAAGAAGAAGGCCCGAGUCCACAGCCCUGAAAAAGCCUCCAACGGCAAUACUGGCAUCUCGAAUGACCCGAAAUCUCUCGCCGAGGCCGAUGAGAAUACCUUGCCCUGUCAGAAGAAGGAUCACACCAAGAAGGACUACAAGAGGGACGACUCCAAGACCCCAGAGAACCAAGACCAACCGAAGUUCACCACCUUGGGUUCAUCCACGCCCAACAAUGACAUUUUGCCAAGCAUCGUCGACGAGAUUGCCUACGACGCAGAUGAUGAGAGUGACAUCAAGUUCAUCGAUGCCGAAACGCACUACCAGACCGAGAGGGCUCAGCGUAUGAUGAUGUACCGCCACAACCAGGUCGAGAUCGAUGCCAGUCACGAGUCUCCUUCGACAGACACUUCUGGCUCGUCUAUGGAGUGGGAGCCUCUCUGCAGUCAUCUGGAGACCAUUCCAGAAGAAGACUCGGAGCUUUCUGAGUCUUCUGUGGCCGAUGAAUGGGUCUGGCCCGAACGUGUAGACACGUCCGAGGGUCUCGAUUUCCACUUCAACUAG